AUGUUUUGCUGUGGUAGGAAUGGGAAUUAGUAGAAUUAGAGGAAUAGGAUGACAAGAUUCCGUUUUUCAGCAGAAGAGGUUUAAGAAUUACAAAGAAGAUUUUAGAGAAUGGCUAAUGGAUCUAAUUAUUUAACAAAAAAUCAAUUUAGAGAAAACAUGGGAUUACUUGGACUUGAAACAGUUUAAGUAUUGAGUGAUUGUUUAUUUCAAAUAAUUGAUGAAGAUCAGGAUGGUAAAAUAUAGUUUAAUGAAUUUCUUGCUUAUUUCGAUAAAAUCACUUAUGGUUCUUAAGAUGAAAAGGCUGAGAUAUCAUACAAAUUAAUUGAUUAAAAUAGAAAAGGUUAUUUCACAUUAAGAGAUUUCUAAUUGACGAUGUAGGCUUUGAUUGAUUCUUGGGUUGUUAUGACAGGAACUGCGAUAACAAAUGAGAUAAGAGAUCACUUAGAAAAAAGAGUUGCAUACAUAUUCACAUAAAUGGACAAGAAUAAUGAUGAGAAAGUCUCAUUUACUGAAUACAAAGGAAUUUUAACCAGUGAUCCAACCUUGCUCGAUAUAUUCGAAUUCUUGAGGAAAGGGAUAACUAUCUCUAUUAAAGAAGCAACCUUAAAAUAAGAUUAGAUAGUUCUGAGUGAGUUUUACUUAAUCAAGGAUUAAGCAGUAAGCUUGUUUGAAACAAUGAUAGGGUUGAGGCAAAAACGAUGUUCUGUAACUUUGUAACCCAAACCAAAUUUGAUUUAGAGUUUAAUAUUGUGCUAGAAGAAAAUGAAAACAAAUAUAAAUAGUCAGUUCGGAAUUCAAUAUUUGAUGGGGGAUGAAGUUGAUGCUCUAUCCUUGAGGAUGUCGAGUACUAUGAAUGCGAAUAAGGGUCGCCAAUAAGGAGUUCAAACUAGUGAAAUUAUUCAAGGCAAUAGUCAACUUGGCCCUUAUAUUCAUAGGGGAGAUUAAGAGAUACCCAUAAAAAUAGAUUACAUUAUAAAAUCAAAAGAGAGCGAGGAAACCUUGGAUCCAGAAUUGACUGAUGGAUUAGAAAAGAUUAAUUACAUGGCAGAAGAUUAAAUAAGAGAUAAUUAUAAAGAAGCUUUAAUUAAGAUUCAUGAAUUAAAAUAGCAAACUUAACAAUCUUUGGAUAGAUUAGAAAAAAUGUAUUAGAAGAAAUUAGAAGAAUUCAGUAUCAAUAAGAAGAGAGAUCAAGAAAUUGCUGAAAAAAGAAGAGCCACAAUAGCAAAUAUAAAUAAAAAGAGAAAAACAGCUCUGUCUGUUUAAUUUGGUCAUCAGAAUUGGAAUCUUGUAUUAAAUAUGAUGAUUGGAAUAUAAAUGGCUGUGAAAUCAGUCAAUGCCUUAAGUGAUUAUGAAGUUGCAUUAAAGGACUUUAAAUUAAAGUACUAUUUUGAACUCAUGCCAAAAAGAACAGGUAAUGAAAAAACCACUUUUAAAGUUUGUAAGUUCUUUGAUUAUGCUCCUUAAGUAUUUAAUCACAUUAGGAAAAUGUUUUUUAUUGAUAAUGAUAAUUAUUUGAGUAGCAUUGGACCUGAAACAUUAUUAUCAAGCAUCUUAAAAGGAGAUCUAAGUACACUAUCAGAAUUAACGUCUACUGGGAAAAGUGGAAGCUUUUUCUAUUAUUCUUAGGAUGGCAUUUAUACAUUGAAAACUAUUUCAAAAACAGAAUUCACAUUUAUGAGACAUAUCUUAUAUAAUUAUUACAAACAUCUAAAAGAUCACAGAUAAUCCUUAAUAAUAAAAUUGUUUGGAAUGCACAAAAUCAUAUUGGAUGAUAAAAAAAUACAUUUUGUCAUUAUGAGUAAUGUGUUCAAAACAUCUCAUGAAAUCAAUGUAAGGUAUGAUAUUAAAGGGAGUCUUCAUUAAAGAAAAACUCCUAAUAAUGCAGAUUAUACUGUUGCUAGAAAGGAUCUAAAUUUCUUAGAAUCUCAUGAGAAAAUUAAUAUUAAAAUUGAUAAGCAAAGUGAAUUACUCAAAUAACUAUGCAAGGAUGCAGACUUUUUUGCCUAAAAUAAUAUUAUUGAUUAUAGUUUACUCUUGGGUAUUCAUGAAAUUAAUUUUCUUCAAACUACUGCAAGAACAGAGAUCUCCCAAGAACUAGAAUCAGAAGAUAUUUCUAUAAUUCAAUCGAAAACUGGUGAUAAAAUUUAUUUCUUUGGAAUUAUUGAUAUAUUGACAAAUUUUAACACUAAAAAGAAAAUUGAGUACUGUUGUAAAAGAUGCUUUUAAGGCCCUGACAUAUCAGCGAUACCUCCUCAUCAAUAUGCUGAAAGAUUUAAGAGAUUCGUAACUAAUAUGUUUAGAAACAAUGUUUGA